UCUGCCAUAACACGACAAGAGCGUUCCAUUAGAGGUGAUAUUCAGACACUGGAUUGUGAUGCAAUCAAAAGAGACCGAAGCAAAUACUUGGAAAUGUAUUGGAGAGUAAAAGGAGCCGACGGAGACAUCGGUUACUGUAACAAAGAAAGGAAAUGUUUUAAAACGGAAAGUCAGCUUCUGGAAGACAAGAGGAUUCAGGUUGUAAGCAUUUCCAGUAGCAACUUGAGCAUAAAACGUACCUUGCCACAGAAAACAACGGGUCACACUAUGACCAUUACAUGUGAAGUGCACACAACUGACAACAAAAUCCAUUUAUCUGAGGUCAGGAUCGUUUAUUCUUUAGAGUGUAAGUAAGACUAUAAACAGAAUUUUUAAUAAUGAUGAUGAUGAUGAUGAUGAUGAUAAUGAUAAUAUUGAUAAUGAUAAUAAUAAUUACAAUAAUAAUAAUAAUAAUAAUGAUUGAUGAAAUGGCCAUACAGGAUUGCCAUCGAGGUAAACGGAACUUAAGCAUGGCUUGAGUGGAUGUUAAGAAGGCCUAUGACUAUCCGUUGAUCAUAGGUGGCUAAACGAGAUUAUGGAUUACACCGGUUCCCCAGCUAGCUCUGUAGGGAGAUCCGGAACCUCUGUGCAAGCUGGAAUAGCAGAAUUGCAGUUCCUAUAAAGCAGGGGAAUGAGACUUCCUCGACAUUCAGAUUCAGUGAGGGUCUACCCGAGGGAAAGGCACUUUGCCCGCGUCUCGUCACUUUAUGUCUAAGACCCGGUUGCCUGGAAACUAAAUGUUACCUAGGGUUAUAGGCUUUCUAAGCUUAUAGGGACUAAGGUGACCUACUUGCUGUAUGUAGACGACCUUAAAGUGUUCGCUUCAUCUGAGAGCAAGCUAAGCAGGGCACUACCAUCAACCAGUGCCGGUAUGCAGGAUAGGUUAAUACUCAUCUCCGUAUUCCAAAAUGGCGUGACACAUUCUGAUUCAUACAAAAGUGAUUCUCUGCAAAGGGAGGAACCGCAUGCAUUGACUACCAAUACUAAUAAGGGUUAAGCCAUGACUCGAAAAACGGUUAGCUUCUAUUUAGGCUUAAGGUUGAUGCUAUAUACUUCCAACUCGAACCACUUCUUCCCAGCAAAUCCUUGGUAAUCUAGUGGUUUGGGUGGUGGACUACAGAUUCUAUUCUCCGGGAUCGAAUCCUGCUCGUUCCAUCUCGGAAUUCUUUUCCCUAAACUAUUGAAGAGACUUAGACUUUCAUGAACAUUUUCUCAGGCAGAAAUUUCAAGAGACAUAGAAAGAUAUAGAAAUUUCAUGUAGGAAAAGGAAAAUGUCUUGUGAGAACCACUGAGAGGGAAAUGUCAGUUUGGAGUAUGGAGAUGAGUGCUAACCUGCAGGAUAUCGGCUAGAAGUGGAAUCCAAAUGAGUGUAAAGGUNCUUUUCCCUAAACUAUUGAAGAGACUUAGACUUUCAUGAACAUUUUCUCAGGCAGAAAUUUCAAGAGACAUAGAAAGAUAUAGAAAUUUCAUGUAGGAAAAGGAAAAUGUCUUGUGAGAACCACUGAGAGGGAAAUGUCAGUUUGGAGUAUGGAGAUGAGUGCUAACCUGCAGGAUAUCGGCUAGAAGUGGAAUCCAAAUGAGUGUAAAGGUAUCUAUAUCAGAAAGGGCAAGCAAGUUGAACAUGCAGCAAACCUCAAACAGGACAAGACCAGCUUACAGUUGCAGCAAAGAUGUACUUGGAAAAGCUCUCAAUAAUAUGGACAAGCCCUCUGUCCGACGCCAACCGCGUCAAGGCAACAAACCAGUUCGCCUUGCUUGUCUUGACGUACCCCAUGUGGACCCAACAAUGGCCAUUGGGAGAGCUGAAAAGCAUUGAUAGAGAGACAAGAAAGUUGAUCAGUGAGAAUGGUGGGAGACACCCUCUUAGCUCUACUGCAUUGCUUAUGCAGAUCUCAAACCAGACGAGACAACUCUGGUCGAGUACCUUAAGACUGAGGCCAAGCGCAAGUUCCUGGGUGUGAGAGAGUCCGUGAUGGAAGACGAGAAGUUAACACUUACACUCUUACAGUAGCAGCAAGGUCGUACUUGCAAAGGCUCUCAUUAAUCUGGACAAGCCGUCUGUCCGACGCCAGCCGCUUUAAGGCAACAAACUCGUUCGCCUUGCUUGUCUUGACAUACCCAAUGUGAAUCCAACAUUGGCCAUUGGGAGAUUUACAAAGCAUUGAUAGAGAGACAGUUAAUCAGUGAGAAUGGACAGAGACACCCUCUUAGCUCCACUGCAGUGUUGUAUCUUCUUAUAGAUAAAAAGGGGUCGUGGACUCAAGUCUGUAGGUCAAGAGUACGAAUUAAUUAAGACCAAGAUGGCUAUGAGGCUGUAUGAGAAUCCAGACCCAACGGAUGAGAAGUGUUUGGAUUUUUGAAGCAAAAGAAUGCGAGAAGGGAUUCUCCUUACUUGUGAAAGACGCGCACAAGUUUGGGGAGAAACUUGCUACUUAUGUGAAUUUGGCCACUCCCGACCCAUCCUUUAGCUCUCAGCAAGUCCCAGAGAAGAAAAUCAGUAAAUAUCAGGUGAGCUAACAUCUUAAGAAAGCUGUGGAAAAGAAGCUUAAGGAGAAGGUGGAAGACCAGAGAUGGCAAGGACGUCUGCUAUGAACUACUUGGGAAGACGACCAGCUGAGUGAGCACGGCUGUUUUGCCUGGUUAAGUGGGUGGGCGUGCUCUCCUUCGGACAUUCAAUAGAUAGUGGACCGGAUAAGCCUUACGUUUGCUUUAUUAUUUCAUUUUUAUCAUAAAAAUAUAAGGCUUUCAUUAGUUUCAUUUUUUUAAUACUAUAUAAUACAUUAUUAUAUUACAUUAUGUAAACCUUAGGUUUGCAUUAGUUUUAGGAUUCCUUAGGAAUUUCUUUUUAUUGCACCAGUGUAGAUUUAACUCAUUAUCACCUUUUCAGGGUUGAAUUCCUGUAAAACAGCAUAAUAGGCUACGCUUUGCGUCCCGUGUGGCUAAUUUUCUAAGCAUGCGUACGUCGUAAACUGAUUAAAUAAUAAUCAUCAUCAUCAUCAUCAUCAUCAUCCUCAUCAUAAUUAUAAUCAUAAUAAUCAUGAUUUUCUUGCCCAGGCGGAAUAUUCUUAUUUAUCUGCCUAUUUUAGGCUGAAAAUAGUAUUGUAUUUUUCUUCAAAAAGAAAGAAUUUAUUAUAAUGACACUUUUUGCGGCUUAGUUCAUUCCUUUUCUUCGCGCUGUAUACUCUACAUAUGUAUUACAUCUAUUGUUCAUCGAAGUCAUUCAUGGAACAUUUGGCUAUAGCUAGUCCAGCUAUUUUUCGUUUUGUUAGCUAGUUUUGCCGUUUAGAGAAAGGUGUACUACCCGGUUAAUUUGUAUUUUGAUUACAGAUUUUCAACACACAAGUUAUAUCCUUUUCAAAAGGCUCAACCUCGGGUUGAAGAUAUCCUUAAAAACUUUGAUUCUUAUAAAAGACCGUAAACUGCCGCUGUGCUUAACAAAGUUAAACUGUGUUCCGCGCGAGAGUGUGUUGUCAAUUCUUUCAUUGAAAGUAUUAUAUGCAGUGGCUCUUUAGUAUAAAGAAAAAAACCCGAUUAAAGAAACUUUACAUGUAAAUAAAAUGCGAUAUUUCGUUACGGAUACAUUCCAAAACGAGAGCAAUCAAAUGCACCCUUCGCUGGUCACAAGUCUGAAAUGCACUCUUCAUUCUGUCCUAUAAAGAGAAGUAACAUACUGAAUCUAUGAUUUUUAAUUUUAGGCCCACAAGCAAUUUCGUCUCCUAAGGUAAGUAGUUUUAACAUUUUUUUCUCCAAAUCUUUAAUUUUCAUACUGAUGCCGACUCAACAAAAUUUUAACAUGUAUGCUACAAAAAAGGUUUUUUUUCAAGUGUAGCUCCAUAGUUACUGUUUUCGUUGUUGUUGUUGUUGCUGUUGCUGCUCUUGUUGUAGUUGCUUAUUUAUUUUGCUUUGUUUUAUUAGGUAUAUUUUGAUUGCUUGGCACCUUUCAAAAAUAAACAGAACAAAUGGAAGUGAAAAUUAGGGCAAUAAACGUCUCUACCUUUAAAACGUACAAAAAAUAUAAUUUGCAAAUUUAACAGCAUUUCCUUUUAAUAAUUUUUUUAUAUUUUGGGACCGAAGAUCUAUUUUAUAGAUCCGAUGUGUUGUACAUUUUGCAUUGCCUUGUCCAUGUUUCUAAGGUUGUUUUUGUCCAUCCUAUACUUUCUUUGCGAGACAUCCUAUACCUUCUUUGCCCUCCGGGAGACACGUGAUAUGGUGUGAUUUGCUGGAUGUUGGAGUUCAGUGAGGGUCUAUUUUCUCAGCAGAGCUUCUCUGUUUGUUACGCCGUCCUAGCGAGAACGGCUUGGAAACUGAAAUUUGAUAGCAUUUUGUUUUGAAUAAGGGUAUGGGCAUGAUUUUCAGUUGAACAUGCCUAGCGAGCGUAAAAAUCGCAACCAGUCUGAGGAUUAAUGAGAGAGGGAAAAUUUUAUAUAUUUAGGCAUGACAAAAUUCAAGGGAACAUUGGUACUUAGAAAUAACAUCUCAUAGGCAUGGAAAAAAUGGGUUCAUGCCCUCGCAGCCCAAAAUUGACCCAGCUAAACUUAGGUCCCAGAUCUCUCGCCGGGUUAAUAAUUCAUUCCCAGUUUUAGCUCCUCUGGUUUGGCAUGCCGGGCAUGCCGAUGGUGAAGCCAGUUGGUUUGGCAUGCCCGGCAUGCCAGGCAAGAAAUUGGCAUGCCCAGCGAGACUGAUUUUGAUGUUCGCUUCAGCAUCAUAUCCUGAGAAUCACAUAUAAUCGCCAAAUAUAUCUUAGGGAGCUUGAAGUUACAGGUUUCAUGCCUGGCAAUAAAUGCAGAUUAUAACAAAAAAAGUCAUGUUUGUCACAAUGUGUGUCACGGGAUCGACUGGCAAAACUGAAGACAGAAGCCUGGAUUUAUAAAUAAAAAGCACAACAAAACAACAUUAUUCAUACAUAAAAUAGAAUACUUAACUUGCAAUCAAAGAUUAAUCCUUUUAUUUCAAACCGAUACUGACAUUUCUGGGUCCACAUUUAAAUUUGAUCGCGGAAAAGCGUCUUAAACAAUAAGAUAACAAAUCUUCUCAGUAUAAACUUAUCCAUGCUUAAGUUUUAUCGUGUCGGAAUGUUUCCCGGUCAACAGCAUUAAAAGACUGGUGAAAAUGAAGCUUACCAGGUCGUUCAAGUCAGUACGAGAGUACGACGUUAAUACUGCAAAGACGUUCUGAUUUGGUGAAUUUGGACUGCCUUCUCAGAGAGAUUUUGCUUAGUUUUUCAGUGCGCUCCUUGUCGGCUAUGCGAAUCUCGCAAACUGUUUUACUCCUUGCUGACGAUAGUCCUUUGAGCAACGUCAUCUGCGUCAUCCGAAGAUACCCCGAGCACGCACGAAAUCGGCCGAAUUUCCGCAGAAGUGUUUUCGCGGAUGACGAGGAAUCUAGUUUGUUGUAGCGUGGCAGUUGUGGCGUCACGAUGUCGUCAUGUCUCUUCGCACUUGUUUGUCUUUUUUUUCUGCGGUGCAUGGUUGAGAUGUUGGUGAAUGCUGGACAAGAAAUGGAUUCUGCGAGAGACUGUAAGUACAAAUUUAGUAUUAAUUUGGUAAAGAAAAAGCCUGAAUAUCGAACAAAUCCCGUGAAUUAUCCUUUUGGCAUUCAGUUUAUCUUGCUGUUGAGCAUGCCUAAGAACUCCGGCAUAAGUGGUUGUCAACUUGUUCACUUCGGAUUGUUUCUGUUUGUAUGUCUUGUAAUCUUCUUCUGCUGCUAAGAAGACUAGAGAAAACUUCAAAAAUAAGAAACCAAAGCUAAAAAAAGUCAGUUCUAAUUUUAUAGCUCGAGUAUAAUUAUUUUUGGCACCUACGGUCAUAUUUUUCCACUGUACUGGUAAAGUUACUUAUUUUUGCUGCAUAGUUUGACUGUUGUUUGAAAGACAAUCAAACGGAUAUUACAAUCACUUUUGGAGACAAAAUAAAAUAUCCGUAAAUCAAAUGCCAAAAUCAGAUUUGGAUUUCGCUUUAAAAAAAUGAACAUGCUGCGCGUGUCAAUGCAAAGUUGUAAACAACUCAAUAUAAGCAGUCUGUGAAUGUGCGUUUAGGUCCACAAAACUAAUUUUUCUUUUGGACAUCUCAUCCAAGCAAAGACUUAAGGCUUACAUUGCUUGUCUACGAGUGUACUACAAAAUGCUUUGCUACAGUAAGCCUCUGAGAGGCGAUUCUGGUAAAUUUAUAGGACGCUAAAAUGCAAAUAAUUCUAAGCUUAAACAACCUGGCUGGGUCCGACUUUUGAAUUACAAAAUGUUCAGGUUUGCCGGCUCUACUUUAAAUGAACAUGGUUUUUGAAAUGAUUUUGUAAUAUUUUAACCCGAAAAUUAUGAUUGGGUUAUAAAGCUUUUAAAACGGACGAAAACUAAGCUAAUAAACAUGUUCAAUGUAAAAAACUAAGAUUUAGUCGCUUUUUCAACUUUGCUUUGUGGGCCGAAAAAUUUACCUUUACGCAAAAACAAAAGCAAAUAAUGAGGCUUUUAUUGGACAUAUUUUCUGAGAAUUUUAUCUGAUCAAUUUAAUGUCACUAGCAUUGUUUUCGUAUAGGAAUUUUCCUAAUUAAAUGAGCUUUUAAUUUAAUAAUUUUGAUACUCUAUAAACUUCUCAUUUGAUAGCCUCACUUUUUUAUACACCGAUUGAGAAACAAAUUCGCUCUCGUUAAAUCCUAUUUUAUGACCUAUUUAUUAGAACUCUAGGUAACAUACGAAAUGAUGUAACCGGACAGGCUUUAACCUUUGGUCCUAAUUUAUUUUUUCUUCGCAACCCCUAAUCAGUUGACGGGCCGUGAAAGAAUAUCGCCACAAAAAGAUGCGAAAAAGUUUUCGCUGAGUUUCCUUUACAUAUUCCGGCUUUAUAUGGGUCUACACCCCAAUUGCCUGCUUAAAAAUGAAACUGUUGUUCAAUUAAGUGUCAGUCAAACUCGGUAUAAUCUUGACUUGCAAAUCCAAAUGCAAAGGUUUAUUUCGCAGUAGAAAAGCGUGUAAACAUCAUCGAACAGCGCAAUGUAAAUUGGCUAAUGUGAAACCACGUUUCUUUCACUUUAUUUACCAUGUAUUUAUCUCAAUUGCACACUCUUGUGAAAUUAGCCUCAGACAAUUAGUUGCGACCUUUAACAGACUCAACAAGCCAGUAUGAAAAUAUGUUAAGAGAAGCUGAGCUCUACAUGUUCUAUUUCUUUUUUUCAUAUUGCCCUUGCAUGUGUUAACAUUCCAUUUCUUUUUUGUUACAGGUAACUUCCAGACAUGACUAGGAGAUAAUUACUUUUCUAGAGAGCAAUUCUUUGAUACUGUCAGUUAUUACUGACUUACUUUGAGUUAAAGACAAAGAACACAGACACUGGUAAUGACAUAAAAACAUUAAUCUCUGGCAAGCCUACAAAACAAGAAAGAGGAACUCAGACUCCUUAUCAAAAUGUGAAACAAGAUAAAAACAGCUUUUCUAACGUAGGGAAAAUUGCGUUAGAGAGAUUUGUAAUUGCAACGUUAUAUUCAAGCACAUUGCAUUGUCAAACAUCAUAAUUUACUGAAUAAUGAACAGUGAUUUUGGGGCUUGGCUCAGUUUGUAAUGAACUUUGAAAGAUAUUCUAUUACCUUGUAUUUUUAAAAGCUUUCAUGGAACAUAGAUGCAUUUUAUUAUACAAUGAAAAUAGUCUCUGUCUCUCUUUUUACUGAUUUCAGUCAAUUCCAUUUUAUUCGCAAUGUGAAGUGGAAAUCUUAUUAAAGACUCAUUAAAAGGGGUGAGGAGUUUUUAGCAUCCCCUAACAGGUCAUCAACAUGAUGACGCUGUUUUAUUACUUCGGCAGAAUCCCUCAGGGUUUUACUUUCUUGUGAAAAUUAGAGCUUUUGUUAUUUAAACUUCGCUGGGACAACCAAAUCUAUGAAAAUGAAAGGAAUAGCAAUGACGUCAUCGUUUAACCGUACAUCAAAAGAUAAGCACUGCUGAUCUGUUUAGUUUUUUUUUUUUUUAGCCACGCUUAAAAUAUCUGUAGAUUCAAGGAAUUAUAACCUGUGCGUUGAGAGCAUGCCAGAGACCGAUUUUGGCAUGCCCGGCAUGACCCAGAUUAUGGCACGCCCGGCAUUCCAGAGAAUUUAGCAUGCCGGGCAUGUCAGAAAAUUUGGCAUGCCCGGCAUGCCGGAGAUUUUGCUGGGUAUGAAUUACUUAUUACUAGAACCUAGGCUUCUCGCGGCCUGGGUGAGAAGGUCACAGAACCUCAAAUUAUGCUUACAGGGCAUGCCAAAUUCUGUUGCAUGCCAAUUUCAAUGCAAAACCACUCUGGGGCCACCCCCUCUAUUACCAGUGAGCAAAUCAUUGACGAUAGGCAUGGGAAAAAUCCUUGCAUGCUAACCAACAUUGAAAACGUAACAGAAAUGUCCUCAAUUGCUGAGUCAUGCCCUAGGGGAGGCUUUAAAGUACAGAAUUUCCUGACAUGGAUGAGGGAAUUUUCCGUAAACAGCAUGUGAUCAUGCCGUCUAGGACGUAUUGCCUCCGUAUUGCCCCUUUUUACAGCUAGCUAGGCUCAUUUUUAGGUUCCAUGGCCUGAAAUGACGAAAAAUUCAUGCCCUAAAUGUAAAAAGUCUAAAAACGUCCUCGAAAUUUUAGUUUCCAAGCCGUUCGAGCCACAAUAAUGGUGAAACAGCUGCUCAGUUUUGGGUUCUUUCGUGUCGUGUUGAUGUCUUGCAAAGUUAACUUUCACGUAGUACGAUCAGCUGUUUCCUUUUAAUGUCUUAAGAGUAAGUUUAUUUCAAAAGUGCCCGUUGUUUAAAUACCGACAUCCCGGCCUACUUUGAAGGCUUUGAAGGACCGCGUUUUCGUCAGAAAUAGCUUCAGUUUUUCCUGACUCUUCUGAGUCGACCACGAUAAAAUCAUGAAGUUCCACAGAAAUGGAUGUCACUACCUCCGAACGUGCCUGAGUGUCAGCAGCAAAAUAUCUAGAACAGGCCACCCUUUUAAACCGCGUAAUCCCUCUAAAACAGAGGCCAAGCCUGGACGAAAGAUGUCACCCAAAACUUCCUUCAAAUCCCCGCACCAAGGCCAUUUGUGGGUUAAGUUUGAUGUCGGUUCUCUCCUUAGUCCAAGAGCUUUUUUUCCGGGUAGUCCGAUGUUCCCCUUUCCUCAAAAAACAAACGUUUCCAAAUUCCAGUUCGACCAGGAAUCAGGUAGACGAAGAACCUGUAAGUGGAUGUGUUACAGCCUCUAAAUCGUUAUUUCUAUUCAUUUGAUGUUUUUUUUAUUUAUUUACUUAUCCUUCAUUCAUCAAUUUAUUUAUAUCAAUACCUCGAGUUCCCAGGUCCAAUGAAAUGAUCUGUCUGUUAGUAGUAAUCAACCCCUGUCUUUGUCCAUUUUUCUCAUGCUUUUGUUUCACGAAAUAAACCUUUUUCAGUUUCAGCCCAAUGACAGUACUCGCGAGGUAAACACCACAUUAGGUACAAUUGUUGGCAAGCUUGAGACGCUACCAAAUGGCAAAUCAGUGUAUGAAUAUCUCGGUAUCCCGUAUGCUAAACCACCGGUCAAUGAAUUGAGGUUUGCUCGUCCAGAAUCCUUUCAACCUUGGCCAGGAAAAAGGGCAGCGAAGGAGUUUGGAUCGGCGUGUCUACAACCGCACUUUGAUAUACCUACCUUAAAGAGGGAAAUAGGAAAAGGUAAGAGGCGUAUAACAGUAUUAUAUUAUCGGAUGUGUGUCCAGCCAGCUUUUGAAAGCUCUCGCGGACGAUCUUUGUCUUUGAUCUUUAAUCGGUUAAUUACCAAAAGUGCAGGCUAAUCAUGGCAAUGGAUGGCACGAUUACACGGUAGGUGAUAACAGAAAGUUUUUGGCUGUGGACUUAAACACGGGCAACGAGGGAGCGAUAACAGCAGUAGAGGGAAGGCUGUUCCGCAUAAGUAUACAUCGCGCGGAAAAAGAGUAAUUAGAGGCAUCAACAAAAGUGGGUAAAAGGUUGUAUGUCAUACCAUGGCAAAUUCAAAGAUUCAAAGCUUAAUCCAUAAAUUCGAUGAACGCUACGCACGGAAAUAAUAUCUGCAAGUUAGGGCUCAGAUAUUUAGGAUAUACCUCACAGCUUGACUCCACACUCUGUCAUAUUGGUUCCUUUCAUUUCACGUAGAAAAUUCUUGGGUACAUUAUUAGGGAUGGACUAAUUGAAGCACAUGUUCAAAGAAGUAGGGAGGUGAGUUAGGUAUUGUGCUAGGUCAAGCCCGGGGAGGAGAGGCGAGGGAGUACUUGAGCCGCUGAAAAACCCUGACCCUGACAAAGAAUUCCUACAAUAAAUACCCUGUUUAGGACAACACCCGCAAUUUUUUUGCCAUGUUUAGGACAAAGCAAAAAAAUACACGCCGCCUUGUUUUAAAGCCAUUUAUUGGCAAUUGCAAUAGAACAAAUUUACGUUAUAGGCUUUUGUAUACUUGAGAAGAAACGAGAUUUAUCUUGCAAAUCAAAUCAAUCGUGCGGGCAAUACCCUGUUGACAGACUCACACGAUGUAUACCUUGUUUAGGACAGAGAGGUCAAAAACCACACCCUGUCCAGUGGCAUAUCUUCGUAUAGGCCUUAAAAGGGGGUACCUCCCCGGGAGGUCAAGGCAGGUUUGUGACGCACGUCCUGUUUGAAUCAUCAUCAUCAUCACAAUCAUUAUCACCAUCAUCAUCAACUGAGGAAAAGACGUGAGACAUGUACGGUCUUCUCAAAAUGAGACGGUAACUCCCUUACAGCAGAAUUUUCCGUUGUCUUAUUUUACUGAUAUGGAUUUUUUUUUUUUUUUUCAGAAAAUGAGGAUUGUCUUUUCUUGAAUGUGUUUGUGCCAGCAACUAGUAGCACAGAAGGCAAGAUGGCAGUGAUGGUGUGGAUUCAUGGCACUGGUUUGGCCAGUUUCAGUUCCCCCCCUAAAUUCCGUGGCUUUUCCAUUGGUUCCUCUACUGAAUAUCCAGCUCACGUUUUAGCAGGCUACAAUAAUGUCAUUGUUGUGACAUUCAACUACAGGCUAGGAAUUCUGGGAUUCUUAAGCAGUGUUCCUGGGACAAACAAAACGGGAAAUUACGGAAUGUUUGAUCAGGUAACAAGCUUGGGUGAAAAAUGGCCUAUAAUAUGCUAGAAACACUACAGACAACACCUUGUCCCUCCCAACAAUGCAACGGAGCAUGUCCAAGACAAGGUGUCCAAGACAAGGCCGGCUAUGGUGUAUUUAAGUGAAAGGCCAAGUUUAUCUUCCUAUUUUUAUUCUUAUAUAUUUUUCAACAAACAAUAGCAAACAAUCCCACCUUACCAGAAGGGUUAGACUCUGGAGAAAACAAAACUAGCCUUUUCCCCCUGGAACUGACAUUUAGUGUAUAUUUUCUCUACAGAUUCAAGCACUAACGUGGGUCCAUGACAAUAUUGCCUACUUUGGUGGUGAUCCCGACAAAGUGACUGUGUUUGGUCAAGGUACAGGGGCAACGAGUGUCGCUUUGCAUCUAAUGUCGCCUAAAUCAAAACAUCUGUUCCAAAGGGCCAUCAUGCAAAGCGGUGCGACGUCAACUCCCUACCUACCAAGAAAGGCAGCCAACGAGUCAGUACAAAAGCUAGCUGCUGCUGCAAACUGCUCUUUUAACGACAAGCUCAUCGACUGUCUUCGAGGUAAAAGUGCUAAGGACAUCAUUCAGUUGCAAUCUUGGAUCUCCUCCAAACACGCCAAAGCUCUGAUGGAACUCAGCAACCCAGUUAUUGAUAAUGAUUUUCUAGAAGAAUCUACUCAGGAGCUGUAUGAAUAUCACAAGAAAGGGAGAAAACCACCUCAUUCUCUUUUGAAAAAACUGUUUCCAAAUGUUGAAAUCAUGACUGGGUUUACAACCCACGAGUCAUCUCUAGAUGUCAUUCAUAGGUCAGAAGAUGCUAGAAGCAGCAUUUCAAAAAUCCUCAAAUAUGGAAACAUAGACAACAAAAUUGUGGACGAGCUGGUUAAGUACCAGUACGCAGAUCUUUCUGACACAAAAGCGAGAGACAGGAUGAUUGAAAGUGACUUUAUGACUGUGGCACCAAUGACUUUUGAGGCAAUCGCUUUAGCUGAGGUAUUCUCAGUAGCCAUAUAAUAAUCAAUACGUUGACUCAUAAGCCCAAAAACUGUCAAUGUUUGGACAUGGGGGGUGGGGGGGGGGGGUAUUCGGCCAUAGGUGGGGCAUUUGAACACUUCCCCUUCCCCCUCUCUGGGUUUUUUCACCAUAAAUUUUGAACCAAACUGCAAUUUUGUUAUCUCCAUAAAGGGUUUUUUUUUCAAAUUUAAACUCUUCUCCUACCCAAAAAAAUGGAAAAAAAUUCAAAUCACAACCCUUUUCCUGCACCUCCCCCAGGACCCAAAAACUGUCAAUGUUUGGACAUGGGGGGUGGGGGGGGGGGGUAUUCGGGCAUAGGUGCGGCAUUUGAACACUUCCCCUUUCCCCUCUCUGGGUAUUUUCACCAUAAAUUUUGAACCAAACUGCAAUUUUGUUAUCUCCAUAAAGGGAUAUUUUAUCAAAUUUAAACUAUUCUCCUAUCCAAAAAAAUGGAAAAAAAUUCAAAUCCCACACCUAUUCCGGACUCUCCCCCAGGUCCAAACAUCUAUAUACAUCCUAUAUUUUCAGUACAGCGAAACAUGCUCUUUUGCAUGACUCCAUAAUGAAAGAAAACAAAUGAAAUUUAUCGCCGGAUAACUUAAAUGGAAGUGAGACGUUUUAACUAAAAGAUAAUGAACUGAAGGCCGGGAUGGGAAAUGAUCCACUUCUUAAGGUUAGAAUAGGCCAGACUUCAGCUACCAGAACUCAUUUCGUUUUAGCUUUUACUCCAACUAAGUUUUAAAAGCCGAAUUUGUAGAAGUAACAACAAAAGGAAGGAUUCUGGAACUUACAGUUAACUGAUGUCAUCGUGCAAAUGUCGCAUUAACCGUGGUCCGGUUUCCCCCACUCUACUGGUCCAUACAAACAUCUGUACUUUGACCAGUCAAAAAAUACCGAAGGGGCACCAACUGACUCUAUUAAUUGUCUCACUUCUCUUUCUUCUCCAGGCUAAAAAGUCUGUUUAUUUCUACGUGUUUGAGCAUCGACCUGAUUUUUCCGAACUUCCCGAGUUGACAGGUGCAUUUCAUGGGGAAGACAUUGGCUUUGUAUUUGGAGCACCUUUCGCGAAAAUUUCACCACUGGUAGACUCUUCCACUCCCAAAUAUUCUGAAAUUGAGAAGGGGCUCAGCACGUAUAUCAUGAAGCUGUGGACAGACUUUGCUAAGUUCGGGUAA